CAUUCCUUGCAAUGGCAAAGUUAUUUGCACUACUAGCAGUCCUCUGCCUGGGCCAGGUGAUCGGUGCUGAACGCAUCGUCAACUGUUACUGGGGCACCUGGGCCAACUACCGCAGCGGCAGUGGCAAGUUCGAUGUGUCCAACAUCGAUGCCGGCCUAUGCACCCAUUUGAGCUACUCCUUCUUCGGCAUCAACGACAGCGGCGAGAUUGUGUCGCUGGACACCUGGCUGGACUACGAUCUGGGCUUCAUCAGCCAGGCCGUGGGUCUGAAGCAUCAGAACUCCAACCUGAAGGUCCUGGCCGUCGUGGGCGGCUGGAACGAGGGCUCCACCAAGUACUCCUCGAUGGCAGGCGACUGGUACAAGCGCCAGAACUUCAUCAACUCGGCCCUGAACCUGCUGCGCAACAAUGGAUUCGAUGGCCUGGACUUGGACUGGGAGUAUCCCAACCAGCGUGGCGGCAACUGGAACGAUCGCUCCAACUUUGUGACCCUGCUGCGCGAGAUUAAGGAAGCCUUCGCUCCCUAUGGCUAUGAGUUGGGCAUUGCUGUGGGUGCCGGUGAGUCGCUUGCCAGUGGCUCCUACGAGAUCGCCAACAUUGCCCAGCACGUCGACUUCAUCAACGUGAUGACCUACGACUUCGCCAUGGCCUCCGAUGGCCAGACCGGUUUCAAUGCCCCCCAGUGGGCCGUGGAGAACGCCAUCUACUUCUGGAUGAGCCAGGGUGCGCCGGCCCACAAGCUGAUCCUCGGCGUCGGCAUGUACGGACGCUCCUUCCAGCUGUCCGACUCCUCCCAGAACUGGCCAGGAGCACCGUGCCGCGGCGAGGGUGCCGCUGGCUCCUACACCGGCUCCACCGGAUAUCUGGGCUACAACGAGAUCUGCCAGAACAACUGGCACACCGUCUUCGACUACAACAAUGCCGCUCCGUACGCCUACUCCGGCGACCAGUGGGUGAGCUUCGACAACGUGCUCAGCGUGCAGUACAAGAUGGACUUCGCCCUGCGCAACAAUCUGGGCGGAGCCAUGAUCUGGUCGUUGGAGACCGACGACUACCGCGGCAACUGCGGCGAGACCUAUCCUCUGCUCAAGACCAUCAACAGGAAGCUGCGUUGGUAAAGGCGGAUUCCGAAUAAACAAGAAUAAAUGUUUAAAAAUUACAAAA